CCGCCGCGGAGAAAGUGGCGGUCAGCGCUGGAGCUGCUGCCAUGACAACCCCGGCGGUCGGGGCCCGCGCGCUUCGGGGCAGCUCCCGGGAGGAAGGCAGCGCGGGGGCUGGGGGCGGCCGCUGAGCGUAGCGUCCGCGCGGCUCCGGUGCAGGCUGUGCCUCGCCUUCCCCGGCGAGCGAUUCGGCAAGCGAUUCGGCGAGCGAGCGAGGGGCCGCCGCGGUGCGCUCCUGCCUCGGCUGCAGCCGCGGCGACAGGGCGCACGAGACCCGCCGGCUCGCGGUUGCUGCAGCGCCUCGGUGCGCGGAGCAAGUUCACUCAGGCGGCGGCUGCAGGAUCCCGGGGCUGGCUCGCGCGCAGGAAGCCCGGCGUCGCCCUUCUCCUCUUCCCGCGCGCCUCACUUUCCAUCCCCGCUAUCGUGGCGGAUUGUUUCUAGCCGGCGAGGCUGCCUGCGAAACUUACAAAGAAAGUGCUGGAUCUCCGCUCUGCUGGAGCUGAGGAAUCGCUGACGACCUCGGAGGAACCGCCGGAUCGAACCCACCCCUCGUCUCCCCCACCCCCAUCUUUUUUUUUUUGGCUACCAAAGUGCUUACUCCACUCCCAAGUGCCAUGUCUGAACUGUUCGCGGAGAGAAGGGGCUCCUGAGACGCGCCCACACGGGGCCCCUUCCCGCGGCCGGAGCCGCACGCCCCGCUAGUCGCUUUCGGAUGUCCUCCCCGGAAACGGGCUCCAGGAGGCUGGAGCGCUGAGGCUGCACUCGAGGGAGGAAAAAAUCGGACUUGGAGGAGUCUGCGCGCUGCCCCCGCCCCUCGCCUCGCCUCGCCUCGCCUAGCCUCGCCUCGCCUCUCUCGGCGGCCGCCAGUUCGCGCCUCGGUCCCCGGGCUCGCUGGCUCGCUCGCUCGCGCCCCCACCCCACCCACUUCCUGUGCUCGCCCGGGGGGGCGUGUGCCUGCGCCGCCGCCGCUGCCUGCUGGAGUUGCGGGAAGUUGUGGCUGUCGAGGAUGGGGGUCUGUGGGUCCCUGUUCCAGCCCUGGAAGUGCCUCGUGGUCGUGUCUCUCAGGCUGCUGUUCCUUGUACCCACAGGAGUGCCGGUGCGCAGCGGAGAUGCCACCUUCCCCAAAGCUAUGGACAACGUGACGGUCCGGCAGGGGGAGAGCGCCACCCUCAGGUGCACGAUUGACAACCGGGUCACCCGAGUGGCCUGGCUAAACCGCAGCACCAUCCUCUACGCCGGGAAUGACAAGUGGUGCCUGGACCCUCGCGUGGUCCUCCUGAGCAACACACAGACCCAGUACAGCAUCGAGAUCCAGAACGUGGAUGUGUACGAUGAGGGCCCCUACACCUGCUCCGUGCAGACAGACAACCACCCCAAGACCUCCCGGGUCCACCUCAUAGUGCAAGUGUCUCCCAAAAUUGUAGAGAUUUCAUCUGAUAUCUCAAUCAACGAAGGGAACAACAUCAGCCUCACCUGCAUAGCAACGGGUAGACCAGAACCAACGGUUACCUGGAGACACAUCUCUCCCAAAGCCGUGGGCUUUGUCAGCGAGGAUGAAUACCUGGAAAUCCAGGGCAUCACCCGGGAGCAGUCAGGGGACUAUGAGUGCAGUGCCUCCAAUGACGUGGCCGCCCCCGUGGUCCGGAGAGUAAAGGUCACCGUCAACUAUCCACCCUACAUCUCAGAAGCGAAGGGUACAGGUGUCCCUGUGGGACAGAAGGGGACACUGCAAUGUGAAGCCUCCGCGGUUCCCUCGGCAGAAUUCCAGUGGUACAAGGAUGACAAAAGACUGGUUGAAGGAAAGAAGGGGGUCAAAGUGGAAAACAGACCUUUCCUCUCAAAACUCAUCUUCUUCAAUGUCUCUGAGCACGACUACGGAAACUACACAUGUGUGGCCUCCAACAAGCUGGGUCACACCAAUGCCAGCCUCACACUGUUUGAACUAAAUGAGCCCACAAGCUCAACUUUGUUGCAAGAGGUGAAAACUACAGCCUUGACCCCUUGGAAAGGCCCUGGUGCCGUCAGCGAGGUCAACAACAGCACGUCGCGGAGGGCAGGCUGCAUCUGGCUGCUACCUCUUCUGGUGCUGCACCUCCUCCUCAAGUUUUGAUGCAAGAGCCACUUCCGCCACCAGGGAGGAAGGAGCUGCAGCCACUGCACCCACCAACACAAACGCAACUGGCAACUCAGACCACAGCCAAGAGCACCCCCCUUUCCAAACCUGAUGUAUUAAGCAAAUGCAAUUCCAAGACGCUGAGCCUCAUGGGACACCAAUUCAAGGGAGGGGAACAAAGAACACUUUGGGAGGGAGGAAAAAAAAAGAAAAGAAAAGAAAAGAAAAGAAAAGAAGACACACAAGUUGCAAGAAGAAAAAAAAAAGAAAAAAAAAAAAAACGGCCCUCCAGGUCUCUGCAGAACUUCACACUCAACUGAGUUUGUCUUUCUUUUUCCGAAACCAGGGAGAAGGCCCAACUACCUUGGGUCCCAGCCACCAAAAGCAUUGUGUGACCUCUUCAUUGCUCAGUUUUCCUCGCUGAGGAAAAUUCUGGAAUCGGCCAUCCCCAAUCCAAUCAGUCAGUAGAGAAGUAGAGACAAACACAGUGACCAGCAGGCGGGAGGUGCAGUGACCAUGGGGCCCUUUUAUAGACUGUGCCACUAUUGUGUGUGUGCGUGUGUGUGAUUAAACCCGCAAACAAGUUCACAGAACAAAGCAAGAAGAUGCAAAAUCAGGACAGCUUGACAGCUACAACAAUCCCAUAAUUAAUACUCACAAACGAUAAUGCUACUUUU